AUGGCCGACGACAACCCAUGUGCUAUCUGGUUUGUCGGUCCUCUUUUUGCUGCCCUUACAAGACUUGUCUUCAAGGAAGGACUCUACUAUGGCAAGCUAGAAGCUGGACUUCUUACGUUUGUUAUUCCUACCGUUCUUCUUCCUACCGUUCUUCUGGGGCAUUUGCUUGAAGCUGCGACGGUCGGUGCGGACCGAUCGAAGAAGGAGACAUUGGCGUUGACGACACCCCGAUGGCUCCAUAUGCCACCCGUGGCGGCAAAUCUGGUUGGAGUGGACAGUGAUGGUGCCUUUAUGGCACAUCCAGAGCUGAAUAAGAACGAAAGGAAGAGACUAUGUCGAAUUCUAGACUGCAAAAAGUUGUCUAUGGAAGCUUGCAUGCAUGCAGCACAGAAUGAGCUACUUCCCCUAAGGGUGGUUGUCCAAGUUCUCUUCUUUGAGCAAGCACGAGCAGCAGCAGCUGGUGGCAAAGUGACUGACAUGCCAAGCAACAUCAAGGCAUUACUCACCGCUCAUGGCAUUGACCCAUCAAAACACACAGCACCAUUGAGCACCACAACAAGUAUACAUGCUGAUGACAAUUGGAGUGUUUCUGGAUUCAAGUCACCAAAGUCAACAAAGAACCCAACUCUCAGAAUGAAGCUAGCUGAGGAUGACUUGGAUGCAAAUGUUGUGCCUCGUGAUGAAAUUGGGAGAACUUCUAGAUUUAAGGGUCUACUUGCUCUUCCUACUCAGCCCAAACGCAUGUUUAGCAAGUUGUGGGCUACCAACAGAACUGCCACCGAAAAGAAUUGAGUAAAUUUUUUCGAUUUUUCAUGAUGGGGAUGGGAAAUUUAGGGGGUAACAUAUACUAUAUUUUUCUCUUUUGCAUAAGGUCCUGUAAGUUAUAACAUGUAGGGAAAAUCAGCGAAUCCAAAUGUGCAUUGUUCGUGUAACCUAUAAUAAUAAGAAAUGAGAAUUUUCACAUGAGGGGAAAUCUCUUUGGUA